CCUUUGGCAGGAGCCACUGGAAGUAUGAAAUCAGAGUUAUUCACUUUACCUGCUAGAGAACAUGUUGGUUUAAAUGUUAUUCAUGGCUUUGAAACACAAAUAUUCUUGGGAUGUAAUUCAUCUUCUUGCCAAUAGAUGGAAGCAAAUUACCUACAUUGCUAGAUUCCGACAGUCAGGAUCACAUGACGGAGAGAGAGGCAUUCAGUAAAUAUAGAAACAUGGUGUUGUAGCAGAACUUCAGCUUCUGCUUCUUCUUCUUUUUAAUGGUUCUAUCUGUUCUUUUCUUUUCCACACCAAAAAUAAUUGGACAAAUUGGAGAAACUGGACAUGUCUGAGACCCCUGCCUUCCAAACAAGCACCUCUGCCUCUAGAAGGGUAAAAGGUGCAGAGGAGGUUCUGCAGGAGAUCCGCUCUGACCUGCUGGAGUGUAAGGUCUGCUUCGAAAGGUUCUCCUCAGACCAGAAUGGGCGGAGACCUAGGAACCUGCCCUGUGGUCACGUGAUCUGCCUGGCAUGUGUCUGUGCCCUGGCACACCCUGUCUUGCGCCAACUGGAGUGCCCUUUCUGCAGGCGCUUGUGCGAUAUCGGGGGCACCUACGACUGCCAAGCCUUGCUUGACCUUCAGGACCUGGUUGCUUCGGCUGGAAUUCCAAGCUGUUCAGCCAACAGAGUUCCUGGAUCAGGCCCAUCUUGCUCUGGUCAUCCAUGCCCAGAAGGAAUGGGACCACAAGCCAGUGCAGAAUCGCCAGGUUUGCUCGUCCAGAUGCAUCUUCGUGCCGCUUUUGGAGGCUGGGGUACACUCAUCAACCCAACUGGGGUCGCAGUACUCGAGCCAUCAAUGGCAUCAGUGGUGGUGGUGCACGGGGGCCAUGAGAAGGUCAACAUCUUCAACUCUCAGGGUCACUAUUUGCACAGCUUCGGUUGUUACGGUCACAACCGUGACCAACUGUGCCACGUUCUUGAUGUUGCAGUAUCUACCAGUGGUCAUAUUGUUGUGACCGAUGCUGGAGACAGUUCAGUGAAGGUCUUUACUUCAAGCGGACUUCCUUUGGCAACUAUCAUUGGGCCGUUUGAGCUUCCAUGGGGAGUUGACAUCAACAACUGUGGGCACAUUCUCGUGACAGACGCUCAAGCUGGCAAACUUUGGCAAAUAAAGGUGGACUUUGGACAGAAUGUUGUCUCAACCAAGAUGGUGGUUCUGCAAGACCUUCAAUGCCCAAGAGCUGUAGUGUCAUGUAAAGUUUCUGGGUGUGUUGCAGUCUUGGAGCACAUGGAGGUCCAAAGACGCCACAAUGGAGGUUCUGCAGCAACUCGACUAAAGCUGUUCAGCCAAGACUUUGUCCUCCUAACUUUGGUGGACAGUUCAGGCUUGAGCCAGAUGUCCUCAAUGAAGCUGAACAUCUCCUACGUCACCUUUGACAGACAUGGAAAUGUCAUUGUGGCUGAUUCCCAACAAGGCACCGUAUGGAGUUUGGGGGACCUGGAGACGACGACUGUGAUGACUGCACUGGUCCAGGAUGGACUGGUGCGUCCAGUAGGUUUAGUAGCAACUGAGCAGAACUCUCUGAUCGUCUUGGACAGUGGAGAUCACACUGUGAAGAUCUACUCAACCAGCGCAGAGAACUCAAACUGUGCGAAAACCAUCAAAUCGAUCUGAAAAUGUCUUGCUGUUGCUCUUGAUUGUCUUUUGGCUUGUACUGAUAACCCAACGGAACCUUGCUUUAACAUCCUGCAUACAUAAAAAUAACUUGUGGCCACAGCUUAGUUAGCAAGUUCUGGUAUUGGAACUAUUUGAUUAUACUAUGGCCAUAAUUUGUUAAGGUGUAGAAAAGAGAUUAAACAUAAUUAAGAUAAUUAAGUCAUAGCCACAACUUUAGUAAGGCAAUGAAAUUUAAUAAUUAAGCCAAUUGACUGAUAGCUACAACUUAAUUAUAUAGGAACAAAAUAUUAAGUUGUGGCCACGACUUGGUGAGCUGUGGAAAUUAAAUAAUUAAGUUAUGGCCACAACUUAGUAAGACUUGGGAAAGAGAUCAUCACACUGUAAUGCCAAUUUGGUAGUUAUUUUAUAGCCCCAAAUGAGUAAGGUAUGGGAACAAGAUAAUUAUUCUGUGGCAAAAACUUAGUAAGACAUAGUAACGAUGUAAUUCAUGUCAAUUAGUGGCCACAACUUAAUAAAUUAUGAGAAUGUAUUGAAAAUUAUGUUGUGGCAAUGAUUCAAUAUGUUGUGGGGAUGUCAAGACUUACUAAAAUACGGGACUAAGAUAAUCAAGUGAAGGCCACAACUUAAAGCCAUAGUAAGCCAUGUUAAUGAGAUAAUUAUGUUGUGGCCACAAUUUAAUAGGCUAUAAUAAUAAGAUAACGUCUUGUUUCUUGGCUACAACUAAAUAAGUCAUGGAAAAUAAUCAUUAUGUUGUGGCCGCUACAUAGUAAGAUGUUGGGAUAGACACAGUAGUUGUAGACACAACUUUUUACCAUGUGGUAACAAGAUAAUUAAAUAUUGUGACCACAACUUAGUAAAGCAUAGGAAUUAGAUAAGUAAUGGCCACAGUUUAGUAGCAUGUGAGAAGAUUUGGGUUCCGAUCUCUUUACUAAUGUGUGUCUUUUUUAACAAUUUAACAAGUUGUGGCCACAACCUAUUUUAUAGGUAUUUGAUGCAUAUGUAACUUAUUUAUUAAAACUUUGAAAUUAACCAAUACUUGGAAUAUGGAAGUAUUUGCACUAAUUUAUAAACUGUCAAUGAACUGUAGAACCUGGAAUUAACUGGAUUCAGGUAUUAAAGAGAAAUACAUAAAAUAUCGGUUUGAAUUCAUUUAUUCUGUGCUUUAAACU